UUUAAAGAUUAAACGUUAAACGUAGAAGAUCGAAGAAGAAUAGUACGAACAGAAAAAAAAAUCCGUAGUUAGAGAAGCAAUUAUUAUACAAACAAAUCAGUGUGAUUUAUUUCAAGACGAUUAUUGAAAAGAAUUAUUAGCUAUCAUUAAAAAUAACGCCAAGAACGAAAUAAAAGAUGAUAAACAAAAAAAUCUUAAUGAAAAAAUUAAUUAUUUUCUGUAUAAUAUUCAAUUAUUGUACACUAUGUGUUAGAGCAGAAACAAAAUUAACAAAUAUGCCUGAGCCACUGCCUCCACCGGGUAAAUCAAAAACAACAUCAGGAGCAAUGGCAGCGCAGGCUGCAAAUGCGCUAACACCAACAGGAAUUUUUAAUGUUAUUCCCCAAACAUUUGACACCGGUUUUUAUGCCUACGACGAUAUGGACGACUACGUUCCAUUUAGCAGUGAUGCCCACGAUCAUUUCUCAUGGGAAUUGCUAAGAGAUGUACUUGAAGAGGAGAACACUAAUGUUAUUAUAUCCCCAUUUUCUGUGAAACUACUUCUGGCACUGUUGGCUGAAGCAGCAGGUAAUAAUACACAAACACAAAGGGAGUUGAUCAAAACACUAGAAGUAAUAAAAUCACCAGACAAUUUACGUGGUUUCUAUAAAAAGAUGCUGACAUCAUUAAAGAAGGAAAACCCAUAUACGACUUUAAAUUUGGAAACAAAGAUGUUCACCGAUGAGUUCAUUGAACCCAAACAGAGAUACGCAGCAAUGCUGGCAACGUAUUACGAUACAGAUAUCGAACGUUUAAACUUCAAAGAUGCUCAAGCAUCGGCAGAUCACAUUAAUAACUGGUGUAAAAAUGUCACUCAGGGCCGCUUGCAAAAUCUUGUCACUAAAGAAAAUGUACAGAAUAGCGUAUUGUUAUUAACAAAUGCCAUAUACUUCAAUGGUUUGUGGCGUCGUCAAUUCAAUUCCACCUAUGAGGGAGUUUUCUUUAAGACACCCGAAACCCAAUCGCGUGUACAAUAUAUGGAGCAAACCGAGUACUUUUACUAUUAUGACCACAGCUCCAUGAAUACAAAAAUAUUGAGACUACCCUACAAAGGUAAAAAAUUCUCCAUGUUCAUAUUGUUGCCUAAAACUAAGGGUGGCGUCGAAGAACUAACACAAGUCCUGCAAAACGAUCAAGUGAAACGUAUGCAAUUUAUGAUGGAAGAGACCAAAUUGAAAGUUACUUUGCCCAAAUUCAAAUUCGAAUUUGACAAAAAUCUAAAAAAUACUCUUUCUGCUCUGGGCAUAAAUGACAUUUUCACAGAUGAUGCAUCUUUGCCAGGUCUAGAUAGAGGUGCUGAAGUGGCCGGAAAAUUAAAGGUAUCAAAUGUGAUUCAAAAAGCCGGCAUCGAUGUAAAUGAAAAAGGUACUGAAGCAUUCGCUUCUACUGUUUUUGAAAUUGGAAACAAGUUUGGUGGAAAUCCUGUUAUUGAAGAGUUCACAGUAAAUCGCCCAUUCAUAUUUUUCAUAGAAGAAGAAGCCACUGGAAGUAUUAUAUUUGCAGGAAAAGUAUUAGAACCUGUUCUAUAAAUGUAAGACAAGUUUUUAUCUUUGUGUAUGCAAAAUAACUAUUUUGUGUAUUUAUUAUAUGUAUGGUGUAUAUUCAAAUCAAUAAAAAAAAGAAAGAAGAUAAA